GCGAGCUGGGGCGACGGCUUGGCGGCCCUGGUGGCGAACGUGACCUGCGUCGGCGCGCUGCUUCUGGGAACCGCCGUCGUCAUAGGGCUCCUCGCGUGGAUCAUCCACGAGACCCGGAUGUGCCGAACGGCCGAGCGCGCCCGGCGGCCCGACGACGCCGUUUACGAGGACAUGCGGCCGACCGUCGUGCCCUGAAGACGAAGCGAGGGAGCGAGCGGGCGGCCACUUCUCACCGUCGCUUUCGCGUGACGCGAAGGAGCACCCGGACCCUCGUGCGACACGUGUUUUCCACGUAAACGAGCACCCGUCCCCGUCGCUGCGACUUUGGAGUCCGUGUGCGUGCGUGCGUGCGUGCGUGCGUAUGUGUGUGAAAUAAAAUAAAAGGUUAAAACCAAUCUCCACGUGUCGUUGCCUUGUCGUGUAGCGUAUGGCACAAGAUUUGAGGGGCCGCUUGUGACAAUUUAAUUCGCGGUGGCCACCUCGGUUCGCGUACCCUCGGUCGGGGUUCGUGUGGCCGAUGACAUCGAUGUCGGUGACAUACUAACGAAUGCGCACGCGGAAACGGUCGCGUGCUACUCACGGAUCGCCUCGACGCCGGGAAGCGCUCUGCCGACAUGUCGACUUUCUACCUGAGCCUCGCGGCGGCGACCCUGUGCCUCUCCUGCGCGGCGGCCCCGCGCGGUCCCGGGCCCGACGAAGCGGUGUGGAGGGAGCCCGGAGAAGCCGUGACCGUCCGGUGCCGAUCUUCCCAUCCGAAGCCCGAGUACCUGAGUCUGAUGACGGGUCGCGGCGCCGGCGGCCGCGGCGACGUAAGGGUCCUGUUCAAAGACGACCAGCCGGGCGGCGGCACCGUCGCCCCCGAAUACCGAGGCAGACUUCGGUGCAGCGAAACGUUUCCGGACGUGGACGUCGUCAUCGACCCCGUGACUCCCGCCGACGCGGGGCGGUACGAGUGUGUGUAUUUGAAAUACGAUCGCCAACGGCGACCCGUGGAGUUGCCGGGCACGGGGUCGGUGUUCCUGGUCCUGCCGCAGCCGUCGUCGCCGGGCGAGAGGUGUCGAGACGAGCGAUGGGAUGACACCCCCCCUACGACACUGGCGACCUGCGCCUUUGUUGUCCUGGUCGUCGUCGUCAUCGCGUGGUGCUUCGCGUGGACGCUCCUGAAGGCGUGCAGGAUGUCGAAGGAAGCGCUGCGGCGGUGGCGGCAGCGGCAGGAGAGGAAGAAGCUGCAGCGGUUCCCCCUCGACGACGUGUACGAGGACAUGAACGCGACGGUGGCGCGCUAGAGACAUCGGCCGACCGGGGCAGAGAGAGAGAGAGAGAGAGAGAGAGCGAGAGAGAGAGCGAG